AUGGCUCCUCUUCGACUUCCGCGUUCUCUUGAUGGAGGUGCUCCCAAUUUUGAUGCUGCUGGCAUCAUCUACGUCGUGGCCGCCAUCCUCUACACCCUCGUUCUCGCUGUCGAGCUUUUCCUUCUCUACCGCCAACGCUCUGCUUUUUGCGUUCGACUUCGGGGCCUCGACAUUGUCUUUACCUCUGUGUCUAUGCUCCAUGUCUACUUGGUUCUGGUAUUACUGGUGUAUCCGCUGAACGGUCAAUGGCCUUGUGCCGCAGAGUUCUGGGUCAUGUCCAUAUUCCUUCCAUUGGGAAUGGCAAUCUUUCAAGCCUGCAAUGCCAGAGUCCUCAAGGCAUACGAGAGCCAGCGUCGAAUGAAAACAGACUUUCUGGCCGGUGCACGCAAGAAGCGACUCGCUUGGACACCAAAGGGCCUCUUUGAAGCCUGGCUAGACCUUGAUGCUGCAGCAAAGGUUCACGUAGGCACAAUCGUAGGACUCGUCAUCUCGGUGCUCAUCCUAAUCCCACUGCGAGAUGCCUCCAAGGAUCGGACCACGCAGCGAAGAUCCCUUUCUUCGUCAACCUACACAGACUCACUAACAUCCACGCCUUCAAAUAUCUCCGAGAAGUCCCCAGCUUCGAUACUGAGCCGAGAGCUGAAGCCCAAGGCUAGCAUGCAAGCCUUAGAGUUCAGCAUCGAGCACAACAUUGAGUCGCUUAUUGAGUGGACGGCAUCGCGGGAGUUCACUGCCGAAAACACCAUCUUCCUUCGCGAAGUGCGUAACUUCAAGAAGAAAUGGUCAUCUUUGCGUACCGUAACAACCGUUCAAAGGCGCCGGAUGCACACGGAAGCUUCCCUCAUCUUUUUCACCCUCGUAAACCCUUUCACUGCAGAGACACCUAUCAACAUUGAAUACAAAAUCUUCAAGAAGCUGCAAGAGCAGUUCGAAGGCAUGGAAUAUGAUCCGUAUAUGCCCAAGCGCAGCGCAAGUCCCACAGACCCAAUGUCGCCGACCGAACGAGAGUACGUUGUAUGUCCGUGGGAAAAUACGCUAGACCGUCCAGCCAGUAUCGAUUCGAACAUCAGUGGAGCGAGCGUGUCGAGUACCUCGAGCAUUAAAAGCCUUGUUCCCAGUCAGUUCACCGAAGGGGUCUUCGACCCGGCAUUCGAAAGCAUCAAAUACCUUGUCUUUACCAACACCUGGCCGAGGUACGUUGACGCGGAGAUGGUGAACAACCCACGUUCUCAAUAA